CUCUUUUUCCGGCUGGAACCAUGGAGGGUGCAGAAGAGAAGAAGAAGAAGGUUCCUGCUGUGCCGGAAACCCUUAAGAAAAAGCGAAGGAACUUCGCGGAGUUGAAGAUCAAGCGUCUGAGAAAAAAGUUUGCCCAAAAGAUGCUUCGAAAGGCAAGGAGGAAGCUUAUCUAUGAAAAGGCUAAGCAUUACCACAAGGAAUACAGGCAGAUGUACAGAACUGAGAUUCGCAUGGCGAGGAUGGCGAGAAAAGCCGGCAACUUCUACGUGCCUGCAGAACCCAAGUUGGCAUUUGUCAUCAGGAUCAGAGGUAUCAAUGGUGUGAGCCCAAAGGUUCGAAAGGUGUUGCAGCUUCUUCGCCUUCGCCAGAUCUUCAAUGGCACCUUUGUUAAGCUCAACAAGGCUUCAGUUAACAUGCUAAGGAUUGUGGAACCGUAUAUAGCAUGGGGGUACCCAAACCUGAAGUCAGUGAAUGAAUUGAUCUACAAGCGUGGUUAUGGCAAGAUCAACAAGAAGCGAAUUGCCCUGACAGAUAACACAUUGAUUGCUCGGUCUCUUGGUAAAUAUGGCAUCAUCUGCAUGGAGGAUCUGAUUCACGAGAUCUAUACCGUUGGAAAACGUUUCAAAGAAGCCAACAACUUUUUAUGGCCCUUCAAAUUAUCUUCUCCACGUGGCGGAAUGAAGAAAAAGACCACCCAUUUUGUAGAAGGUGGAGAUGCUGGCAACAGGGAAGACCAGAUCAAUAGGCUUAUUAGAAGGAUGAACUAAGGUAUCUACCAUGAUUAUUUUUGUAAUCUGGUCAGUUAAUAAAUGACUACUUUCAAAUG